UGACUUACACUCCAUUUUGUUUUCUCACGACGCUCACGUUGCAGAACAUUUUUUCAGUACAAUAAUUUGCAAUUUUUUACCAAAUAAUCGAGAUUUUAGUUAAUUAAAGUGUUUUAAAAUAAACUUGAAGCUAUGGGACGCAAGAAGAAGAAGGCCUCAAAACCCUGGUGCUGGUACUGCAACCGUGAGUUUGACGAUGAGAAGAUCCUUGUGCAGCACCAGAAGGCGAAGCACUUCAAGUGCCACAUCUGCCACAAGAAGUUGUACACCGGCCCGGGACUCUCCAUCCAUUGCAUGCAGGUCCACAAGGAGACAGUAGACAAGGUUCCCAAUUCCCUGCCAAACCGCUCAAAUAUCGAGAUCGAGAUCUUUGGAAUGGACGGCAUUCCAGCUGAAGACCUCAGAGAUCAUGAGAAGCAGAAAAACGGUGGCAAGUCCGAUUCUGAUGACGAUGAGCCCGUGGCCAAGAAGAAAGUCGACUACACGAUGAGCGUGCCGCCUCCCAUGAUGAUGCCGCCUAACUUGAUGCCACCGCAUAUGCUAGGACAGUAUGGAAUGGGAAUGAUGCCACAUAUGCCACCACUGCCUCCGUAUCCGGUGCCAAUGAUGCCGCAUAUGAUGCCGCCGCGACCACUUUUUCCGGCCGCAAUGGCCACCACCUCAGCGGCGGCAGCAGCAGCGGCGGCGCAUCACCACCAUGCCGCCGCCAUGGCCCAGCAGAAGCCCACGUUUCCAGCUUACAGUAAUGCAACCAUAAGUGCUCCGCCAACUACCAACCAUGCUGGUGGCGUAACUGGCGCACCACCAAGUGGCCCGCCAGAUGCCCAGCAACCACCGCAACAGGGUCGACCUCCAGUCCCGCCAGGUGGAGCACCCGGUGCUCCGGCGGCCGCUGUAACGACAAAGAUUAUGCACCCCACAGAUGAUGCGAGUCUGGAAGAGCUGCGCGCCCGGCAACCCAAAUAUCAGCUGCGGUUGGCAGCUGCUGUGUCAGCCAUCGCCAACUCCCAAAAGAGCAAGAGCCCAAGCAAUAACGGUGGCUCCUCAACGUCCAUGCCCGCGACUCCACCACCGCCUUCGUUAGCGGGGAUUUCACCAACGGGCAGCAGCAACAGCAGCGGUAUGGCGUCCGCAAACGCGAUUGCCGUUUCUACAGCCAUUUCGAAGGCCCAGGAAACCGCCGCUCUAGUGGCCGUGGCUCAGGCUCAGGUGGCACAGGCCCAGGCGCAUGCACAUGCCCACGCGCAGGCCCAGGCCCAAGCACAUGCCGUGGUCCAGGCGCAGGUGCAGGCUGCUCAUGUGGCCCAGGCGGUGGCAGCCCAGCAACAGGCGGCGCAGCACCAACAGCAACAGGCCCAGGCAGUGCAUCAGCAGCAACAGGCCCAGGCAGUGCAGCAGCAGCAGCAGCAACAGGCAGCGCAGCAAGCGGUCCAGCAGCAGCAGGUCAAGCAACUGGAGGAACUGAAUCGGGCGGUGAUGAUGCAGCGGUUUCAGGCCGUCCGCCAGCCGGCAAAUCCUGGCGCUGCGGCAGCGGCUGCAGCUGCCGCAGCCGUCGGCAUGAUGCCGAUGCAGCACAUGCAACUGAUGCAGCCCAUGCUGAGACCCGCAGUCGCCAUCGGACCCCAUGGAGCGCUCAUCGGAGGUAACAUGCUGAGGGCAGGUGCCCCUGGACUGCCCGGCGUUCCGGCAGGUUUACUGCCCAUGCAAGCAAUAGGCCUACCAGGGUUACCGGGAACCCUACCCGCUGGAGCCAUGCCCAUGCACGGAAUGGGAGUAAUGCUGCCGGGUCAUCCGAACAUGCUGCAGAUGAUGCAGCCACGAUUCAGAUGAUGUUUGCCGGCAGCGCCGGGCUUGUUGCAAACGCCACCGGUUUCGGCCGCAGUGGCAGCUGCAGCAGCAGCAGCGGCAGCAGCAGCAGUCCAGCCAGCCACGCACCUGCAACCGCAUCCACAACGGCCCUAUUCAAGGCCACCAGCCGGAAUACCGACGCAAGCGCCACUCUUGAGUCUGCCGCUGCAGCUGCCGCUGCUUUUCCACGAGUAGGGAGUGAGGAGCAGGCAAGGAUCAAGCUUAAAUUUGGCUAAAUGCAAGCCAGCCAACAGACAGUGCACCCAGCAAGCAAGUUGUUUUUAAAAACUCCAAACAAAAGUCAAGUUCUUUUUCAAUGUAUAACAGUUUUUUGAGACACCACACCCACGCCCAAGCUCACGCCAACGACAAUACCCACAACAGCAACAACACACCACAAGAACAACGUACACACCAUGCCUGAUAAAUCAGUGAAUGCGGUAUAUAUGUGUAUAUAUAGUACAUAUGUAUUUCAUUCGAUUGCACUUCAUCUUAGCUUUUGUUCUAAACCCAACUGUUUAGUUUUCCUAAUCCGAAUUUGUCAAUGUGCGUGCAAACCUUCACAUCUCUUUGGAUAUAUAUUAUGUAUAUAUAUAUAUGUAUAUAUAUCUGAUUUGUGCUAUGUCUAUAACACACAAUGUACCAAAAACUGCUAACACAUAAACGCGCAGACACACACCCACUCUAACAUUAUCCAUCUGAAGCUAUUUUGAUGUGCUGUGUAGAAAUCUAUCCUCUAUCUGUAUAUCUAUAUAUCUGUAUAAUCAGCAAAUUAAUGGUUGACACUUAAUCUAUACAAACUGUUUCUCUAUUUUUUUUUGUUUUUUGUUUCAUUUAGUGAGUAUAUAUUAUAAACAUACCCAGCACCCACAAACAAACACCUAAACACACACUCACAUGUUGUUUAAUUAUGUCUCCUCCUCCAAAAAAAAAACAACAAAAAUGAAAUGAAAACCAAAAGAAAAUCUUUGACAAGAAAAAUCACAUAAAAACCAAAAAAAAAAAAGAAAUGCCAAUACCAAAAACCUGAACAGCUCAAAGAUCUGGGUAUGUUGACAAUCGCCAUAAGCAGCAUAUUUGUAAUGUUUUUGUGUUAUUCGUGCGUAAUUUAUAGUUUUGAUCCUUACUGUCCUUGCUGUCAUAUUGUUAUCCGAAGCACACAAAAAUCACAAAUGUUGAGAUCAGGCCCCACAUGUUGCAUAGACCUUUGCGAGUUCGAUCAGUUCCGGCUGACCAAAAAGUAAGUUCUCUCUCUUUCUAUGCAUAGUAUAUUUUAAAUGCAAUAUAUAUAUAUAUUUAUACAUAUAUAUUAUCAAUGCCAACAAAUAUUCACUAUUCUUUUGUAUCGUUUCUGUUCCUUUGGUCCAUCCUUAUAUAUAUUUCGUGUACAAUGUAUAUUCGGUGUUUGUGUAUCAACGCGAGACUACAGAUCAGAGCAGGUAUCUACAUUUAAAUUCUUUUUCUUUUAUAUUUAUUAUUGUAUGCCUAUAAAAUACUAUCUAUCCUAAGUCAUUUGGUUAUGGUAUGGUUGGUACUAAACAGCAACAACAUCAAUAUAUAUCCUCAUCCCCUGACCCCGAAUCGAUCUAUAGAAUAUAGAACACUACCCGUAGGAGACAUCUAGUUAGAAAACACUUCACAUGUUAGAAAGUAAUGGGUUUUUUUUUGUUGUUAACGUAGAGUUCUUCCAAUAAUUCCCAGCAGUUUUUAGCUUAGUCAUUAGUCGAAUAGUUUUCUGAACUGAUUCGCUUAACAAACCAAUAGAUAAUACUCGUGUACUCCAUCACCAAUUCAAGAGGCGCCCUCAGGCUUUUGUUGAACCAAUAGUUACGUUUUUAAAUAGCUUAUGUAAGUAGACGAUUGGCAGUUGGAGAAAAGUCCUAGUCUUUCACCUUUUUUUGUUUAUGGGAAUCAGCAUGAUUGAAAUGGUUUCCCCUGAACCCCAAGAUCUUCGAAUACUAUUAGAACCUCUCAACAUAGUCUAGGUUAGUUGAUGACUUCUGCACCCAGUUUCCUGGAGAGCACCCACCUCCCCACCCACACUAACACACUCACCCUGUUUGAGUAUACCUAUUUGUAACCCAAUCAUUUUAAUAUCUACCCUUAUAUAUAAUAAUAAACAAUACAUUUAUUACUGUAACUAUAUCGUGUAACAUAGACAUAAGCAAUGACAAGUGAAAAACUGCCCAAACGGAUGGUGCAAAAUCCUACAAGUUGGGCUAGUUUAGCGCAAAAUUGAUGUUGGACUUUUGGGUCUGGCAAAUUCGCCGCACCGCCAUCGGGAUAUCGCCGGCCAUAUCCGAUUUCGUUUGGUCCUGGUUCGAUAGUCCUGCGGUGUUAGAACGGCGUGCUUCAGACGAGAGUACCUCAAUGCAAGACAGACAAUCUCCGAGAUACGGUGGCAUAACUCGUUAAGAUUCACACACUCCCUGACUAAAAUCGCAUCUGUACACACAGUCUUUUAUAAUCGUAUCCGUAGAUUAUUAAUAAUACUCUCUAUCUAUCUCUCUGGUAAUUGUAUUGCGACGACUUUGUAAAUAUUUGAUGGCCGCAUUUCAUUUUUGUAGAAUUUGCUUUCACACAUAAAUGUCACAUGUCUUUAAUUUCCAAAUGAAAAGAUAAUUAAGGGUGCCUGAAGAAAUUAUAAUUUAUUAUUUAAAUUUAAUAUAUUUAUGUAUUCAGUUUUUAGAUCAAAUUAUUGUUUUGUUUUCUUAUUAAAUUAAAUAUAUUAUAUACCUUUUUGGGUUUGCAUAUCGCAAAUGUAGUGCAAUUUUAGUAAAUUAUUUUUUGGUGGUGGUUUUUUAUUAUUAUUUUAUAAUUUUUUAUCAAUGGAUCAAUAUCUUUUCAUGCAAUGCACGCGUUCGUUUGAAAAAGAGUACAUCGAGAUACAAGUUUGGUUAACAAUUUUUGGGCCUUAGGUGUUUGAGAACAAAAAAGUAAGAUUUUAAGAUUUGAAGUCCACCCAAUCUGUCUGUCUUUGCGCUGGGCGACACGCGAGUAGCUGGAUAUUUUGCAGACCUUAUAAGACUAAUACCCAAAACCCCACACACAAUCGAUUCUGCUGACUCCAGUCGAAAGCGUGUCACAUUAAUUUUGCUGAGCGAAGAGUCCCCUGCGUCCGACUUACAUAUAUAUCCCCCUUCUACAAUAUAUCUAUUUCUAUAUCUAUAAGUGGUAUAUAUGUCUAUCUUUGCAUUACGUUUUGCAUGCCCUGGGUGAAGAGUAUGCCUUUUCGAUUUCCUGACCACCAGUAAUAUACAUAAAAGUUUCAAUCGGACGCAGGCGAUGUACCGGAGUUAAUUCAGGAUAUAUACUGAGACUCCAGUAUAUUGUAACUCUGAGACGAUGGUACAUCACAGUUAUUUAAGUAAACUGUUGGACUCUUCGGUCCUUGUCUUGCACAACCAAACACACCCACACACACACAUGUUGUUAUUUUCACAAGCAUAACACCAACUACUCAAAAAAAAUAAAUAGCUAAUUGAUAUCAGACCGAAUUGCAUAACAUAAGAGCAUUAUUAAGCGACCUGUACAAUCCACACAAUCCGGAGGCAGAGGGCUUCACCACCAACCACAUCGACCACGAUCAUCAUUCUCAGAGCAUCCGAAAAAAAAAAAAUGAUUAGAAACUUUGGAUUCGAAAGAAAACACAUUUUUGUUCAGUGUUGGUUUAAUCAUUUUUCAAUAUAUACCCUUAAUACUUUAAUAAUGCUUUCUUAGUUGCAACUAUAAUAGAUUUGUUUGGGAAAGUAUUUUGAAGAUCAAACACUUUUUGAACGAAGAAUGGAUAAAAAGAAAAACCCAUGAGAAUUUACUUUGCCAAAGAUCUUUAAAGCUUUCGACCAAAGUUAAUUAUAUAUUUUUUUUGAUUAAUUAAUCUUUGAAUAAAUAUAAAUGUUAACCUUUUUAUAUUUUUCAUAAGCUUUAAACAAUUUUUGUUGCAUUUACUUAUUAACUAAAGCUUUCGGAAUAUAACAAAUUGUUUUUUCCUAAUUCUAUUCUGUUCGUUCAACAAAAAUAAUCACACAAAUACUUAGCUAAUGCCUAUUACUAUAUUUAGUGCAAAAGCAUAAAAUCAAAAAGAAAAACUACAAGAAUUAUUCCUAUGUUAAACCAUUUUUGAAGUUGUAAUGUAAAUGGAGCGCAAACCCCAGGAAGAAAAAAAAUUACAAAAACAUAAAUAUAUUUAGUAUUCUUGUACGUUAAAUGUUUUUACCAAAACUCAAACAAAAAAGAAAGUAUACAAACAACUUAUAUAAGCAAUUGUUUAAAUUCCUUUAAACUAAAACAAAGAAAAAACGAAAAAUUACAAUUACCAAAAACAACAAUGCAUAAUGAUAAUAUUUCUAGUUUAAUGUUUUAAUUGUUCUCUAUUCAUUUGAAAUUAAUUUAUUGAAAUUUUAAUAAAUCAAACCAAAAAUA